AAUAGUGUCACUCAUACUGACAACCUGGUAGCAAUGAACAUCCCUAUUCCCAAAAUUUUCUCUAAAGGGAAAUCUUUGAUCUCUAAACAGAACCAGAACUUUUUGGAAAAACAAAUGAUUUGAAGGCUGAAGUAGAAAAUGUUAUGACCCUUAAGCAACUUAAUUUUCCAGAAAGCAAGAAUGUUUUUAACAGCUAGUUGAAUCAUUUCAAAGAGACAUAGAAGGCAGUUUGAAAUGGUUCCCACUGGCUUACAAUUAACAUAAAAAUGAAUGUUGAUUGCAAUUAAUUUAAAGGCAUGAAAUAUGUUUAAAUGUAAACAUUUAAAUCCAGAUGCCAACAACACAAAAAAUAAUGUCACUGGUUACUAUUAAAUGAACUUUGCUGGGGGAUCAAAUCAUUACUUUGAAAACUGGUAAAUAAAGAAGAUAAAUAUUUAUACUGGCUUUCCUUUAUGAACUUUAUAUCAGGAUUACCUAAUAGUUUAUGAGGGGAAAUUCAGGAGAAAUAAGAGCAGAUAAAAGGAUUGAGUUGAUAAAUCACAACUUUAGAGCUCCCAAUAAAAAAUGGUUCAAGGAAAUGCUUUCAAUAGAUAGUAAAAUCAUUAAGUGAAAAGUUGAUAAGAACUGUUAAAAGGAAGUAAUCAAGCUGACGCUACCUGAAUCCACAGAUCAGACUAAGUGGCACUAAAAUUUGGAGAACUAAUUAACAUGUACCUUACAAUUUGGUGCAACCGGAAGUAGUCAGAACCACCUAUGAAGAAUUCUUGCCUAAAAGAAGCAGAGUGAAACUGAAGUAAUAAAUCUUGAUGUGAGUAUCAAUUUACAAACAUUGGUGCAGGAACAAGAUAAAUGACAAAGCAAUAAGCUAAAUACAGAACUUGCAGCAUUCUACAAACGGUCCAUGUUUUCCAAAAAGUUACCCGAACACACAUAUGUGUACAAACUCAUACACGCGUGCAAACACACGAGGAACGGUACAUAAUAGAACAUAAUGUUACAUAAUAGAGAAAGCUUAGUUAUAGCAAGGAUAUUUUUUUGAUUUUUGAAUCAAACUAACUGUAAAAAUAUAUCUUUGAAGCAAUUGGGGAAAUUUAAACAUGAGUUUGGUAUUAAAUUAAGAAUACAUUAUUAUUUUUAUUAGGUGUAAUUUUGACAUGAGUGUUUAUUUGAAUGUUUAUUUUAUCAGUUUACAUUUUUUAUAAAUUCCUUUUAAUGACUUAGUUCUGUUAGCAAGUGGAUUGAUGGAGAAAUAUAAUACCCUAAACAUAUAAUUAUAUUUUAACUGACUCAAAUUUAUAAGACUGGAAGUCAUGGACUCGCUGUCCCUAAAAUGUCUCAACCCUUCAGGACAAAGAACACCAUACAUAGUCCUGUUUUCUGGGCUUCACACAGCACUUUUGGCCAAAAAUACAUUUGGGACAGGAAAAAUAUCCGUGUAGAAAGCAGUUCUUGUAGUUCCUUGUUUUGAGACUUGCAGCAUUGGCUGAAGUACUUUUUGUUUUCAUGAAUGCCUUCAAAAGACUUAAAGUUUGAAAAUUACAUUGAUAAACCUCUUUUACAUUUACAAUCUCAGUUUAUAUUGCAGACCGGAAUUUAUUUCAUGGUAGUUUAUUAAUGAAAAUGUACUGCAAAUGUGCUCAACUAAUGUCAUCUCAUAUUUUGUUAUCGUUCUAAUAAAUAACAACACUGUGGCAUAAAUACAGCUUUAAAGGACAUCCAUAAAUGUCCCAGAUAGAUGUCCUUGUUUUUCUUUCUGCCAUAAAUAAUGUCAUUCUGAAAAACCCAUUGUAUUUUUACAAAAGGGAUUUAGAAGGCAUGAAAUAUCACCACAAACUGCAAAUUAUUGAGAUGCAUUAAAAAAAAAACAAACCUGAUUGUCGAUUUGAAAAUCAGUAGUAUUUGCUGCUGCCUUUGGCAAAAACUCAACACUCUUCCCCCAGGUAUUUGCAUAAUUUACUCUCUCACUUCAUAAUGGUCGAUAUUCAAAUAACACCUCACUAUGGUCUUUGCUGAGCUCCCUGUUUAAAAUGACACCUUCAAUUUUAUAUUUCUUCCAUUUAUAAUUACAGGAAAUUAUUAUGUAUUUUUUUGUUUUUUUGUACCCCCAAUUACAUAUAAAUUUGUUGACAAAGGGUAGUUCUUUGUCUUUUUCCCCAAUACCUAAGAGAGUACCCAGCUCAGGGUAAACCUGUAAUAAAUAUUUAUUGAAUCAAUGAAUGAAGGAAAGAAAAAUUAGCAAUUAUGUAUCCCUAUUAUGUACUCAACCUUCUUUCCCUGGUUUCUGACUAGAGAGAAAAUUCAGCAGAGUGCACAUUUGUUUUGGCAUGUUUUUCUUUUAUUUUGACUGCCCAGUUUCAAUAAUCACAUCUAAAGCAUCCUUAUUGUUCUUUGUGAAGUAUCUCUUUUCUCAGACUUAAACCCUUCAUGGUUCAGGUAGGUUUGGCUCUAUUCCCAGUUCCUUGAAAGGUAAUGUUUAUCAUUCCAUAAAGAUUCAUGGUAUACUUACUUUAUGCUAGUCACCGUUCUAGACACUUAGGCUAUAUCAGUGAAUAUACUCUCUGCUUUCCUGGACAUUUUAUUCUAGGAGGGGGAAACAAACAAUAUGAAAGAAUGUAAUAAAUAAUGAUUAAACAUAUAUUUGAACCAUGUUACAUACUUGAAACACUAAAUUGGGUAGUGCAGUAACCCCUGGAGUAUAAUAGUAUGUUCAUGGAAGUUUUCACUGAAAAGGUGCAUUUGAACAAAAACUUAAGGGAAAGCAUUCCAUGGUAGACAAAAAAAGUGGUAGAAAGGACCAUAAGGAAAGAGUGUGUGAUAUUUUUUGAGAAACAAAAAGUGAGGAACAAAAGCCAGGUGGCCAGAUUAGCUGGAGAAAGUAGAGGGGAGAAAGAGUAAUAGAAUAGGACAGAGAUUUUAAAGUAACAGGACAGACGGUUUUCCCAAAUUAAUAUUUAACUUUGUAAAUAUCAUUGCUUUAGCUCUCUAUGGAUCACGAUGACCUAAAAGAUGGAUCUUCACACUUGUCUGAUAUGGAGACAGUCAAAAUGGAAUUUGGGAUCAUACAAUGGAGAAUAACUACUAAUAUUGUUCUCCCAUCUCAAUAAAGUGGGGACAUGGCCAAGGAGAACUGCACCACUGUGGCAGAGUUCAUUCUCCUUGGAUUAACAGAUGUCCCUGAAUUGAGAGUCUUCCUCUUCCUGCUGUUUCUUCUCAUCUAUGGAGUCACAGUUUUGGGCAACUUGGGCAUGAUUGCACUGAUUCAGGUCAGCUCUCAACUUCACACCCCCAUGUACUUUUUCCUCAGUCACUUGUCCUUUGUGGAUUUCUGUUACUCCACAAUCAUUCUGCCCAAGAUGCUAGCUAAUAUCUUAAAUGAAGACAAAGCCAUUUCCUUCCUGGCGUGUGCUGUGCAAUUCUACUUGUUUUGCACAUGUGUGGUAACUGAGGUCAUCCUGCUGUCUGUGAUGGCCUAUGACCGUUUUGUGGCCAUCUGUAACCCACUGCUGUACAUCGUCACCAUGUCCAACAAUCUCUGUGUGGAGCUGGUGUCUUGCUGCUACCUCUGGGGGACUGUGUGUUCACUGAUUCACUUGUGUUUAGCUCUUGAGAUCCCUUCCUAUAGGUCAAAUGUGAUUAACCACUUCUUUUGUGAUCUGCCCCCUCUCUUACUUCUUGCUUGUUCUGAUGUCACUAUCAGUGAACUGUUGCUAUACAUUGUGGCCAAUUUCAAUGAAAUCAUCACCAUCAUGAUCAUUCUCACCUCUUAUUUCUUUAUUCUUAUCACAAUCCUGAGGAUGCGCUCUGCAGAGGGAAGAUGCAAAGCCUUUUCCACCUGUGCCUCCCACCUCACAGCCAUCCUUCUCUUCCAUGGAACAAUCCUUUUCAUUUAUUGCCGACCCAGUUCUGGCAACAGUAUGGAUACUGACAAAGUAGCCACGGUGUUCUACACUGUAGUGAUCCCUAUGCUGAAUCCUCUGAUCUAUAGCUUGAGAAACAAGGAUGUGAAAGAAGCUCUCAGAAAAGUGGUGGGCUCCAAAAUAUUUUCCUAGAGAAUAUUUUAUUAACAGGAUUCAGUGUCCCAAAGUGGAGACUGGUGAAAGGGUACAGCGAUGGACUUCAGUGUUGAAGUGUUGAAGUGGAGGUAACAGUCAAGCAGCAGGUAGUUAUGAGUGAGUCUUUUUGAUUCACUUAUCUGUGUGCCUCUUCCAUGUACAAGGGUAGGAUUCAGCAUAUCUUGGAAUUUACAGAUUACUUCUUUGCUGUUAUUUAUUCAAAAUGAAUUAAUUGAGUAUGGUUAAUGGACUCAAGAUACACAUAUCGUUUGCUGUAAAAGCUUCAUAAGCUUAAUGAAGAAAUCACAAGAGUCACAUUUUAUUUCAAUAUUCAUUAUGGAAAAUAUGAUUCAAUUCCAAGUUGAAUUCCUAUUAUUUUACAAUGAAGAACACACCCUUGUCAGAUUAUGCACAGAAUGUGUACAUAUCCUGUUUGCUAUUUCUUGCUUUCUUUAUUAUUUUUUGUUGUUGUCAUUGCAAUGUCCAGUGUUUUUGGAAUUUCAGAGACUAUGAUGAAAAAUGAUGACAUUAGUAAUAAUUAUUUCACAGAAAUCUUAGAAAAAUUAUAUUACUUGUCAUGUGCAAUGAGCUUAGAGUAAUUCCUGGCAUAUAACUAGCUCUC